AUGGCUUCAUCCUCGACUCCAGCAACUCCUCUCCUCUACUCCUGCAUCGCCCACAACACCACCAUCCUAGCCGAGUGCACCACCUCCGCUUCAUCCCAGACCUCCUCCCUCGCCUCUUUGAUCCUCCCCAAGAUCGACCACUCGACCCCUCAAAAGCUCACCUACACCCAUGGCUCCUACCACAUCCACUACAUGUCCGAGUCGCCCUCGGACUGGGCUUCCCAGCCCUCGGCCUCUUCGGCAGGCGGCCUCACCUUCCUGGUGGUAGCCGACUCCUCCCUAGGUCGCCGCAUCCCCUUCGGCUUCCUGGUCGAAGUCCGCAAGCGCUUCCUGGCGCAGUACCCCCCCGGGCCGACCAACGACUUCGCCGACAUGCCCAACUACGGCGCGGCCUCGUUCAACGGAGCGCUCAAGACGCUGAUGGUCGACUACGGCACCACGGGCCAGGGGCAGAACGAUGCGAUUACCAAUGCCAAGAGGGAGAUUGAGGACGUGAAGGGUAUCAUGACGAGGAACAUUGAGGGGCUUUUGGAGAGAGGCGAGAGGAUUGAUCUACUGGUGGAUAAGACGGAUCGGCUGGGUGGCAGCGCGCGCGAGUUCAGAGUUAGGAGCAGGGGCCUCAAGCGCAAGAUGUGGUGGAAGAAUGUGAAGCUGAUGGCGCUGUUGGCGUUGGUGGUGGUGUUGAUUGUGCUAUCGAUUGUGAUGGCGAUCAAGAACAGCUUGCCAUGA